AGAGCUUUUCCCUGCCUUGUUGCUGUUGAGCUAUUUCAUUUCAUUAACCCUCCUAUGUCUUUGCAGACCUGGAGUGGAAGAUCAUUUACGUUGGCUCGGCUGAGAGUGAGGAGUUUGAUCAGAUCCUAGACUCGGUGCUGGUGGGCCCUGUACCAGCAGGGAGACACAUGUUUGUCUUUCAGGCUGAUGCCCCCAACCCAUCCCUCAUCCCAGAGACUGAUGCCGUGGGUGUGACCGUAGUCCUCAUCACCUGUACCUACCACGGACAGGAGUUCAUCCGAGUGGGCUACUAUGUCAACAACGAGUACCUCAACCCCGAGCUGCGUGAGAACCCACCCAUGAAGCCAGAUUUCUCCCAGCUCCAGCGGAACAUCUUGGCCUCGAACCCCCGGGUGACCCGCUUCCACAUCAACUGGGACAACAACACGGACAGGCUGGAGGCCAUAGAGACCCAGGACCCCUCCCUGGGCUGCAGCCUCCCACUCAACUGCACUCCUAACAAGGGCCUGGGCCUCCCUGGCUGCAUCCCUGGCCUCCUCCCUGAGAACUCCAUGGACUGCAUCUAACUGCAGUAACCCAGUGUCCCAGCACACCAGGAGGGGCAACCAGACCUCCCAGCGAGUCCUGCAGGGCCCAUCUAGAGGACUUUGGGGGCCAUCAGCUGCAUCCAGGUCUGUCAAACUCAGCCCCUAGGAAAGAACAGGCCUCGGGACUCCCCUAGUCCUGGCCAGAAGGAUGAUCUCGCUUUUCCUGUACAGGCCUAUAAGAAGCAGGUACUUCAGUUCUAAAUUCUUUCUGACUUGUGUUCUUUUCGUCUUCAUAAAUUCUACCUAAGGCCAUUGUGCCACUGUGCACCUCUGAGUACCACUGACCCAAAGCUUUCCGACAGACCUCCCUGGCCCACCUAAAGGCUUUCUUGGUCAGUGCCUGUCAAAGCUCUGGUCCUGCUGAGCCAAAGGCUCUGUCUGUCAUUCCUUUCUUUUCCUGUACAUCUGAGCAGAUCCACUCCAGCUUUCUGGUGUCACAGGCAGGAAUCUUAGUUAGUAGGUCGACUUAGAUCCCAUUUCUGUCCUGCUCCCAGGAAGAUUCUUAGGUCCUCUUCAAUCCAGCAGCCCCUGGAAAACUCUGCUCCCAGAGGUGUGAUCAGCAGGAUGCUGAGGAACCAUGUUGCCUUUCCUGUCAAUCACAGCCACCUUCCUGUUAUCUCCUAAAUGGAUCUGGCGUUUUCUGGUUGGAAGAUGGUAUCAGAGGGCCUGCCUGCACAGUCUGUCUCUGGGUCGGGGUCAGGGACCCUCUGCCUCUGGCAGCCUUAAUCUUCCCUCUGCUAGGACCAGGGUGAUUUCAAGCCAAGGAAGCAACUGGGACCCUGGAAACCGUCCCUCCCCAGCCCGCUCCCCGUCUCUGUGUCCUGGUCCCCUUGCUGCCAUGUGGAUGCUGUUGUGAUUGCUGUUUGUAUAUUAUUAAAAUGUUUUUAUAUUAAAAAUGUUUGGUUGGUCUGAAAAUUAAAAGCACUUCGUUUAGAAUGA